UUGAGAAAAGGAAGUAAGAAAAUAUAUAAAUUCAAUUUAACAUUUUGUUAACUUUCAUUUCGAUUGGUAGUUAACAGAAAAUUAGCAAACAGCAGAGCAGCGCCGUCGUCGUUAAGUGGUGGGCGCACUGCGACUGCUACUACUCUUGUUCACCUUCCCGCGAGUUAUCCUGCUCCCCUCACCCCACAUUACUCCUUCUUCCUCUACCUUUCUGCCCUGCUCCACCGCUAAUAAACUCAAUUAACCAAUAAUAUUUGUAUGAAUAUCAUUCCCAACUCCAACCAUCAUGGAUCCCUGCCCUUUCGUGCGGUUAACCGUAAGCAAUCUCGCGCUUAAAAUCCCGGUGGCGGCGAAGCCGGCUCGCUCCGCCGUUCACCCCUCGUCGUCGCCGUGUUUCUGCACGAUCGAGCUGAAAGGCUUCCCACUCCAGAGCGCCGUGGUGCCCUACAUUCCGCCGGAAAACGCCCAAUUCCCCGACGGAAACCCUCCGACGCUCGCCGCCAGCUUCCACCUCAGCAAAGCCGACCUCGACCGCCUCACCGCCAAAUCAUCCAUCUUCUCCAUCUCCAAGCGACCGCAGCUCAAAAUCUCAGUCUACUCCGGCCGCCGCGGCGCCACGUGCGGCCUGAACGGUGGCCGAUUGCUGGGGAAGAUAACGGUGCCGCUGGAUAUGGCGGCGGCGGAGUGUAGGGCCGUGGCCUUCCACAAUGGGUGGAUUAAUGUGGGGAGAGAGGCUAAAGGCCCCGCGCAGUUCCACUUGAACGUGAAGGCCGAGCCCGACCCGAGAUUCGUAUUCGAGUUCGAUCGUGAGCCCGAAUGCAGCCCGCAGAUUUUCCAAAUUCGCGGGAAUAUUCGGCAGCCCGUCUUCACCUGCAAAUUCAGUCUCCGUACAGCUGACCGCAAUCAGCGUUCCAGUGAUAGGUCUUUUCCAUCGGAGCACGCUAACAAUGGUGGAAGGGGUUGGUUGAGUUCGUUUGGGAGCGAAAGAGAACGGCCAGGAAAGGAACGGAAAGGGUGGUCCAUUACAAUCCACGAUCUCUCCGGUUCGCCGGUUGCGGCGGCCUCGAUGGUUACGCCGUUUGUGGCGUCGACCGGUUCGGACCGGGUGAGCCGGUCCAACCCGGGCUGCUGGCUCAUACUCCGGCCGGGCGACGGCACCUGGAAGCCGUGGGGCCGCCUCGAGGCAUGGCGCGAGCGCGGGACGGCCGACGGCCUCGGCUACCGGUUCGAGCUGAUUCCAGACUCUGCAGCUGCCGGCAUUGUCCUGGCGGAGUCGACCAUCAGCUGCAGCAAGGGAGGGAAGUUCGUGAUUGACUUGGACGGGAACGGGGCGGCGUCGCCGGUCUGCAGCCCCCGGGGCAGUGGGGAUUUCGGAUACGGGCUGUGGCCCUAUUGCAUGUACAGAGGGUUCGUGAUGUCGGCUCGGGUGGAAGGAGAGGUGCGCCGUGGGGGUGGGGGAGUGGUGGCGCCGUUGGUGGAGGUCAGCGUGCAGCAUGUCAGCUGCACGGAGGAUGCGGCGGCGUUCGUGGCGCUGUCGGCGGCGUUGGACUUGAGCAUAGAUGCUUGUAGGCUUUUCUCUCAAAAGCUUCGCAAGGAAUUGUGCCCUCCUCAAGAUUUACUCGUCUGAUUCAUUUUCUUCAAAAUUAAUCCCCUUUCUCCUUUUUGUUAUUGUAUUUAUUUGUUUAGAGUGACAAUUGGUUUGAAAAUUCUGUUAAAUCUGGAGUAGUUUUAGGACUAACUAAAAGUAGGAUGAAUGUACAGAUGUUACAAAGAAGGCACGCUGCGUUUUUUUAGUGUGUUUUUUUACCAUUGCUUCUAUCAAGAAUAUUGAUGGUAUUACUUCA